UCAGUGUCUGACUAUACUUACUUAUACGAACUAAUCCCGAAAGUGUUACCGUGUUAUUCACGGAUAUUUCAAGUGUCGAUUUGACAAGGUUCAUACUUACCCCAACUCGACCGUAGUGUCUAUCUGACCUCAAUUCCCUACUUGUUUAUUUACAAUUUAAAGUAUUGUAGACGUUAUAAUGUAAGGUACCUACUUAAGAAAACGAAGGGAAAGUGCAUGUGUAGAGAGCAACGGUAAUCGCAAGAGUGCGUUCGUGUGUCGCGCAGUGCGCAAUUUUUCGAUUAUCAUCGUCAUCUUCAACAUCGUCACAUCGUCAGUACAGCCGUCGAUCAACACGCAGAAAGAGUUUACUCUUUGGACAUAUAUCAUUGUAUUAAAAGUACACCUUGCGCACGGCCUUCUCAGUUCUCACUGCAGUUUUCACAAAACGUUGUGCAGGUCAGGAAAAUUACGUUGUCGUCUCGGUCGUCGUAGUGGUCGUCGUUGUCAAGAGAGGAAUAAUACAUUUUUUGAGGUUGCUAGACUAGAUACAAGAGAGAGACUAUAUAUAAUAAGGCACAAAUAAGUACUACUAUACAUAACAUAACGAAGGAGCAGAGAGGAGAGGACAGUCGUCAGCAGUGGGUCGGCAUAAAAGUAAGCACAAGAGAUAAGUAUAGGGGAAGUGAAGAGAGUAGACGAAAUCCGCUGCCAAGACGUUCGGUGUGUUGAGUGAUACGCUGCCGACGACAAUGCACACGGUCUCCGAGAUGGGCACUAGCGUGCCCGCUUUCCUGGGGAAACUCUGGAGGCUGGUUGAGGAUCCGGAAACUGACGAGCUCAUCUGCUGGGCUUCGAAUGGAAGGAGUUUUUUCAUAAAAAAUCAAGCACGAUUUGCACGAGAAUUGCUUCCACAUUACUACAAGCACAACAAUAUGGCUAGUUUUGUGCGACAGUUGAAUAUGUAUGGUUUUCAUAAAAAAGUUUCAGUAGAACUGGGCGGCUUAAAAUGUGACAAAGAUGAGAUGGAAUUUGCUCAUCAAUACUUUUGUAAGGACCAUCCAUACCUCUUGGAUCACAUAAAAAGAAAGAUUGCAUCAAAUAAAUCGCAAGAUCCAUCUCAACAACCAAUUAAACCAGAAUUGAUGAAUAAAAUGUUGACAGAAGUAAGAAGUUUGAGAGGAAGGCAAGAAAACUUUGAUUCAAGGCUUGGUGUGAUGAAAAGGGAGAACGAGGCUCUGUGGAGGGAGCUUGCCUUAUUGAGACAAAAACAUAUGAAACAACAACAUGUUGUCAAUAAUCUAAUUCAAUUUCUAGCGAGUCUUGUGAGUUCAAACAGAAAUUCUGGUUUGGGAAUAAAGAGGAGGUAUCCUCUCAUGAUUGAUGAUGCACGUAGACAAAAAAUAAAGCAAAAUAAAGUACCCAAGGUACAUAAUUCGCCCAAAAGACCAGCAAUUCAUGAAUUGGAUGCAUAUGAUACAGAUUUAGACUCUGAGUAUAUUGUUGCCGAAAUGUUGGACAAUGACACGAGACCUACCAUUGAAAGUCCUGAACGGUGCACAGCUGAAGAGAACUUGCAAGAAUAUUAUGUUGAUAAUACGGAACAAAUUCCACAAGAAUUUGAAACCACAAACAUUAACGCAUCAAAGAAAAAAACGAAAAUUGAUAAGAAAGAGAGGAAAAAUAGAAUGCCCAUCAAAAUAUUGAUACCAGCUUCAGAAAACGGAGAAGAAACAAGAGAAGAAGUAUAUGUUGUAGAAAUGCCAGCGAAAAGGACGACCAAAAUGCAAGCGACGCGAGCCACGGAACGAGCAAGAUCAUCACCAAAUCGAGUAAUAUCGAGUCGAGUGUCGGGCAAUGCAGCAACGUUGCCUACAGCAGUACAACCAAAGCCAGUGCCAUUUUCUACAGUACGCAGUUCCAAACUUGCAGCCAUGGUUGCUAACAUGAAGAAAAAUGCAGAGCAGGAGCUGGAUUUUGAUUUGGAGUCUCUGCAAGAUGACAUCGAAGACACGUCGUCUAAGGAUGACUCUCUCAUCAAGCUGGAGAACAUCCUCAUCGUACCAGAUGUGAACGAGGAAAACGCCAUUGAAACCGAGGACUUUAACAGCGGUGCCAUGCCGUUGAGCGUGAGCAGCCUGAAUAGUGUUGGCACCAGUAAUAACAGCCCUGGAGGUAGUAGUCUAACCACAGGAGACCGCAGCCCUGACGCUACCGCAGACUUGAGUAAUGGAGCCUUUGGUAAAUUCGAUUUCAUAAAUGCGACGAGUAAUGAGCCAGCUACUUUCUCUACGACGAACAACACCGAGCAGAAGUCAUCAGAUUUAUCAGCUAAAAAGUCGAUAAAAAAUGAACACAAGAGUAUGUCACUCAGUUGUAUGAAUCAGGGCAACACAGAUGAAACUAACUACAGGUUAGACCCAAUAAUGGAGUGUGACAGCCACAUCGAUAAUAUGCAAAAUGAUCUAGAUAACUUGAGGGAAAUGCUAAGUGGCCAGAAUGUCAGCAUCGAUGCUAAUACUCUUCUGGGAGUGAGUAGAUAUGAUUUCGAUCUGUUUGGAACCGAAGAUGCCAUGAACCCUUAUGGUUUUCCAUUAAAUCCUGAAUUGGAUCCUCAAGAAAGAGAAAUUGACGACGAUCAUCACGUAAACGAUUCAAUAGGUCUGCAGAAUAAUCGUGAACUCAUGUCAUACAAUUCAGGGAAUGACUUGCUUGAUUUCGAGGAUGAUCUUUUCUUAGGACCUUCGUCAUCAUCGCCUGCCCCUGCGGUAAACAACGGGAACGAAGGUCUUUCUGUAGCUGAUUCACUCAAACUUGUCGAUCACAAGGGAAAUAUUUUUGAUUCGCUAAUAGCGAAUAAUAAUUCUUCACAAACGUGAAUUGAAUUCACUCUAAUUUUGGGCAAAAGAAGAAAUUUGCAGUGCCAAGAAAGGCAUUUCUUGGAUGGAAUCAUCCGUUAUAAUUCAUAAUGAGUUGUAAUUUUGUCUUUUAAUGUGUAAAUAUAAUUUUUGAUAUGAAAAAAAAAAAACAUAAGCAAGUAUGGAGAUUAAAAAAAAGAAGUUUUUAUAAAGAAAAGGUGAUGAAUUAAAUGAUAGAUUCUAGAAUUAUUUAAAAUUUUUACGCGUGAUAUGCUUUCUUACUAGCAAUUUCUUUUUAUUGAAAUUCGCAUGUUACGGAAAUUUACAAUUAAAUGAUUCAAACUUUUGUCCAUUUCAUUAUCUUAAAAAAUCACGUUUUACAAGAUGUUUCUUAUUUCUAAAUAUUUGAUAAUUGAUUUUCUGUCUACAUUCCCAGUUUUGGUUAUCUUAUUAAUUGAAAUCUUUGUUUUUAAUUCAAUAUUUAUUUGUUGCUUUUAUUGUUAUUACAGUUUUAAGAGUAAAUGAUGCGAAGAAAAUUACAUUUUUACUUUCCAUUCUGACCUUAUGUUAAAUGAAUAAUUUUCGUUAAUUUUGCAAUUUAUUGGUGUAUAUGCUGUAAAUAUGAGUGACACAGAAUAAAAAAGGUAUUAGGUAUUAAGGUAUUAUCAGACCGUAUUAUCCAAAAUCAAUGUUUUAAUUCACCUUGAACAUGCAAUAUAUCAACAUAAAAUUCAGAGAUGAAUGCGGAAAUAUGGGAUAUGAUAUUUAUAAUUAUUAGAAACUGACAAGAUGAUAAUUAUCAUUAGUUUUAAAACGCAGCUUGUGAUUAAUGUCAUGUAUAUAAUUGUUGAUUCUAAAUAUUUUACUAUUUUAUUAAAAUUUUCACGAUAGGAAGGAAACAUAAAUUUAUCAGUUUUCCAAUUAACUAAUGUAAAAAUUUUAUCUUAUAGAUAUGCUGUUUUACUGUUUAAUUUAAACGAAUGAUACUAGAAUUCUGAGAAUGCAGUUAAAAAAAAAAUCAUCUUAUACUUCUUUUAGUUAAUCUAUGAACUCCUAAACUUCAUUCAUAAGUGUUACUGAAUUUUUAUAAAAACAGUACCCAUUGGAAUCGAUAUGCAACCUUAUAUUAUCUUCAGAAAAAAAUCCAACUCAGCAUAUACUUUUUUUUACAUGAAAACGUUUCUGUUUUUAACUUAUCCGUUUGCUUGAUUCCUCACACAGUAAUUCAUUUAAUAUUUAUGCGUGGAAAUAUAACAUAAGAUAUUAAUUUUAAUGCACUGUAAUAAACAAAAGUUGUACUAAUCCGUAUGUGCAUUUAGAAUGGCAUCAGAAAUGCAUAUUCUUAAUACUUCUUUUAAAAUAUUGUAUGGAAUAUUUUUGUAAGCUGCAAAUAAAAAUCUACCUUUGAUAGGAAGAUGAAGAGAAAAAGACUAAAGGUACACUAAGAAUAAGCUUUUGGCUUUGAAAAAGUUUUUUAAAUUCUUCAAGGAUUUAGUAGUAGAAAUAAUGUAAUAAAUCCAAAUAAUUUUAUGUACAUUGAACAAAAAUGACUAAGUGUAUUUGGAAUUUAUAUUGAAAAGCAUAGAAUUUUUCUAAUUGUAUACUCUGUUUGAAAAAAAAUAGAGUGCAAAUAAUUAUAUCUCAAAUGUAUAAAAUAAA